UAUUUCAGAACUCCCAAAACUUCCCCACCUCUCUUCUGGUUUCACCCUGUUCAAUCAUCAGUUUCGUUUCUGUUUUUCCUUUUUUUUUUGUUUUCUGUUUUUGAUUGGUUUCUAAGCUUCUGAUCAUGAAUCCACGUCUGUAGGACUGUGAUAUGAACUACACAAUCCUCCUGCGUCGGUUUCUUCUCCUCCCGUCCUUCUCUGUGAUGUUUCUUUACUGGUUCUACACAUUUUCAGUAUUGUGAUUUGUUUCGUUUCAUUUCGUUUCGUGCUUCUGUAAAUUCUAAACGCGGCGUUUUGAUUGAUCUGAGAUUCUGAAACAUUGAGAAAAUGUUGUCUGCGCAAUACGGAAGCGCAGGGUUGAAAGAGAACUCACCGUGCGGAGCGGUUGAUGAGAAGAAGAGGAAGAGGAUGAUCUCGAACCGAGAGUCCGCAAGGCGGUCGAGGAUGAGGAAGCAGCAGCAUUUGGACGAUCUGAUAAAGCGCAAGAGUGAAUUGGAGAAUCAAAGGCUUGAGAUCAAACGAAGGAUCGAUAUGUACCAGAAACUGUGGGAAGCGACUGUGGGGGAGAACAAUGCGUUGGAGGCUCUCAAGGAAGAACUCACCAAAGAAUUGGAGUCCGCCAAAUCUUGUGUCAGUGAUUUCAAUGCGAUUGAGAGGUUGGAGACGAAUUUCGCUGGAAAUCGGAUGCUGAAGCCAUUGAUGGAUGUCUCUGGAGCUCGAGAGAUUGUUCUACAACCAUGGCAGCUUGGGCGCUCAUCACAGCCGAUCGCUGCUACCAUGUUUCAGUUUUAGUACUGACUUAAUUUACCGAAUCGGUUUAAUUUUUAGAUUUCUCUCUUAAUCCGACUGACUUCAGUGAAUUGGUUUCAGUGAAUUGCAGAUAUCCUCUGCAAUCUGCUUCUUCACUGAAUUUUGUCUGUACCCGAGUUAUAACUUAUAACUGGUUUUACAAUAAAGCAAAAAUCACAAUCAUCAA